AUGGGUAAAACAGAUGUCCCCGGGGUCGCACUCAUUUCCGGCUCGGGCUCGGGCAUCGGGCGAGCAACAGCUUUAGCAUUCGCGCAAGCAGGUUGUACUCGUUUUGCGCUUCUCGACCUGAACGAAGAAGGCCUCUCGACUACCAAGAAACUCGUCGAGGAGGCUGUGGGGGGCGACAGCUCUGUCAAGGUUCACAUUUACAAAUGUGAUGUUUCAAACCCAGACAGCGUCACGCAAGCCUUCGCCGACGCCAAAGAGACAUUCACUCGUCUUGACUAUGCCGUUCAUUGUGCAGGGAUCAUUCUCUUCGGCCGCUCCACCGAGUAUUCCGUCGAGGAUUUCGACCGGCAGAACAGCGUGAAUUACCGCGGCCUGUGGCUAUGUUCUCGCGAAGCCCUGCGGAUCAUGCGCACUCAGUCUCUGGAUAGCGACGCAUACCCUGACGCUCACAUCCUGCCAACCCGCGCCCAGCGCGGUAGCAUUGUCAAUAUCUCCUCUGGCCUCGCGCUGGUGUCGCAGUCAAACUGUCCCGCAUACUGCGGCGCCAAGGCCGGCGUGUUGGCAGUCACCCGCUCGGACGGAAUCGACUAUGCCGCGGAACGUAUUCGAGUGAACGCUGUCCUGCCGGGAAUUGUGGAUUCUCCAAUGACAAACCCAGACCCGGAGACCAGGAAGUGGCUCGAAGCGAACGCGGUCCAGAACACCCCCAUGAGGAGAUUCGGAUUGCCUGAGGAAAUCGCGGACGUCUGUGUCUUUUUGGCGGGCAACAAGGCAAGCUUUGUCACCGGUGCGGGCUGGUGUGCUGAUGGCGGGUUCGUUGCUGGGAUGGCAUAUUGA